UCGCCCGGUCUCCGCGCAGUGAGAGGGAGGGAGCGCCGGCCGCGGGAGCGGGAUGGAGAGCAGCAACCCGCAGCCCCCGAGGCCCAGCCCGAGCCCCGCGCUGAGCCUGGACGCCCGGCUGGGCGUGGACACGCGCCUCUGGGCCAAGGUGCUGUUCACCGCUCUCUACGCGCUCAUCUUCGCGCUGGGCACGGCGGGCAAUGCGCUGUCCGCGCACGUGGUGCUGAAGGGGCGCGCCGGGCCCCCGGGGCGCCUGCGCUACCACGUGCUCAGCCUGGCUCUCUCCGGGCUGCUGCUGCUGCUGGUCAGCGUCCCCGUGGAGCUCUACAACUUCGUGUGGUUCCACUACCCCUGGGCGUUCGGCGACCUGGGCUGCCGCGCUUACUACUUCGUGCGCGAGCUGUGCGCCUACACCACGGUGCUCAGCGUAGCCAGCCUGAGCGCCGAGCGCUGCCUGGCCGUGUGCCAGCCCCUGCGCGCCCGCCGCCUGCUGUCGCCGCGCCGGACCCGCCGCCUGCUGUCGCUCGUCUGGGCCGCCUCGCUCGGCCUCGCCCUGCCCAUGGCAAUCAUCAUGGGGCAGAAGUACGAGCUGGAGACGGCUGACGGGGAGCCGGAGCCCGCCUCGCGAGUGUGCACCGUGCUGGUGAGCCGCGCCACGCUCCGGGUCUUCAUUCAGGUAAGGGGGCGGGGGGGGGGUUGCUAA